AAUGAAAUAAGUGAGCAGCUUUUGAUUGAGAAUGAAUUGUCGCGCAUGUGCGUUUCUUUGACAACACUAGAAGCCACUUUUCGUUCUUAUUUUCAUUUGAGGGCAGAAUAACAGAAUGGCAGAAUCUGCAUAUCAUAACGAGGCAUUGAGACGGCAGAGAAUUAUAGAAAGGAAGAGAGAUGCCCAAGUGCGCCUUUUAGAGGGACCUCAGAGUAAUGAAAUGCCAGGAUAUGGAGGUGCUGAUAUGAAAGAUACAGUUUUAUAUUCAGGACCUGGUCAUUUUGACCAAAGCAGAGAGCAUACAAUGGUGAAAGAACCAUUAAAAUAUCAAGAGGGUGUGGUUUUCAAGGAAGUGGUUCAUGACCCCAAUUUUGUUUAUAGAGUUAUGGUAGAUCAGGGGAAUCCUCCACUGCACGUUGACCCAAUUUAUCGUAUUAUGUAUCCUGGAGCUGUUGUUAAAAAUAGAAGUCUUACAACCAAAUGAUCACUUGACCAAGGCGAAUAAACCAGCAAAGAAACAUCAAUUGAAAACUCCUAAACCUUUACCAGAUUCAAUAAGGAAUAUUGAUAGAGAUAACGUCUUUAAAAUAUUGCAUCCAUAUGACUUUCACUAAUGCAUUUAUCUGUUCAAUUAUGUAACUGUAUUAAGAUCAGUAAAUAAGAAUUAGUCAUAUUUUUUUAAGGGAAAAAAGGGGGGAUAUUUUAUAUGUGUUAGCACCUGUCAUAACUUUCACAGAUUGUUAAAUUAAAGUUUGACCUUUGCACUUUUCAGUUCAGUGGUAUCGGUUAACACUAUUGUAUGUCAAUCAAAUUGUCUAUGCCUUAAUAUAUUAUUCAUUUGUUCAAAUUUACAAUUCUAAUAAAAAUGCAUGGUGCUAAGUAGAAGAAUCAUGUAAAAUAAUAGCUAGAUUAGAAAAUACUAUUUUUAAAAGUUCAAUAGAAGUCAGUUGUUCAUUAGAUGUCUUGCCUUACUCACAGUUUCCAGUUAAGAAUUUUGUUAUUCACAUAAUGUGAUUUAUGAGUAAAACCAUAUACUUUACUCGUUGGCUGUCAUAUUACUUGUAUUUUUAUUAAUUUUUUUAUCUAUCUGCUUUUAUAUAUAUCUUUAUUUUUUAUAAAUGUAAGUAUAUUUCCUAGUCAAUUUUGCCGUUACAGUAUUAAUGUAUUACUAAUUUCUAAGGUAUUAAUAUGCAUAUAAUGUAAUUUUACUAUCAUAGUUUUUUGGAUGUCCCUUUCACAAUGGUUGACACUGUGAUGACUGUACCUGUUCCAUUGGACUUUUGGUAGCAUUUAGAGUAGAGUUAUCUCCCUUAGAUGCAUGGUUAGUGGGUGGUGAAUUUAUAGAAAUAAAACUUAUUUCACUUGCAGAUCAAUUAAUGGCGGAGUCCAAAGAAUAUAUCAUAGGAGAAUUGACAACAAUCCAGAAGAUAAAGUCCAUCCCCUCAUCCAUCCUAAGGAACGUCCACCAAAACAUACUCAACUACCUCCUAGAAAACCACACCUGAAAGUCUGAAGUGUUUCAUUUUUAUUUUAAUGAUGUAUUUUGAGAGAGAAAUAUUGCUACUUACUUCAUAUAUUUUGAUGUGUUCACCUAAAUUUAUAUCUGAUAGAUUUUUUGUAAGAUUACCAACAUUAGUUUUCAUAGAAACUGUAUCAUUUAGGAUACAAAUAUAACCAAGACUAUAGCAUUCUGAGAAGUAGUUUUCAUGCAGUCAUUGUUUGUUUAGGAUUUUGUUUGAACUAUAUUCAGCGUCAUCAUGAAAUUCUUUUAAACUUAUGUCAUAUUUCUCUCUUUAAAAUAUUAGAAAACAAGACGUUGGUCAAAACAAUAUAAAUAAAUAUUGCUGUAUCUAUACAGAUUGUGAUAAGGGUUAUAUUCAUUGUGAAAUCUAAAUUCUAGGAGCACUUACAACUGGUUAGGAACAAGACGAGAUAGAAAACAAUUUGAUCACAGUAGAAAUGGUCCUGUUGUUGCUAGUUCUUGGUAUGGUUUGAGGAGUGAGCUGAAUGGAAUAGGACAGUGUACACCAUUGAGUGGAAAGGGACAUCCAGUCACAUUUAGUGAUCUACAACAAAUACGUUAUAUUACACCUAGGCCGUAAUUACUUAAAAUUUCGUUAAAAUUAAAUGAGACAUAUGGUUUUAGGAUUAUUUUUCUAUUGUUGCACUGUUUUUUAAUCAAGAGUUAUAUUUUAUUAUCAUCAGUAUUAUAAAUGUUUGAUGCAAUAAUUGUUUUACUCAUGUAAUGUUAUGCUGUGCACCAAGUAUUUUUGUUUAUGUCUUAGAUAUUUAUUGUAUGAUUAUAUGUUACCAAGCUAUUUUUCUGCUGAAAUAAUCAGAAUUGUUGAUGGGUAAGAAGAUGUCAGUAUUAUUAAAGAAUCUCUUUUUAGUGUCCACACUGGGUUUAAAAUUCACGAUUGAUUUUGUCACAAUAUAGUAUAGGGAUUUUAGGAAAUCUAAAAAGCAAAAGACUCUUAUUUAUAACAGGUCAUUCAAUUCAUUUUCAGUUUGGUCUGAUUUUGAAUUUAAAUUCUUAUUCUCUGUGAAAUUUUGAAAUUUGGACUUAAACAAAAACAAUUUUCCUCAUCGGUUAAUAUUCUGAUUUUGAAUUGUAUUAAAUUUGUCUUUUAAAAAAGCUUUUCAACAGGACUUGGAUGUUUAUUUUUUCUAAGAAACAUAUAUCUUUGUGUGAAUCUUGUUAUUGUUUUCAAGAUAUCUUUAUUUGUUAUUUCUUGCUCAAUGUUUAUACAUACACUUUAUAGCAUAUUGUGAUAUUUGCUUAAUAAAAUAUGAAAAAUUC